AUGUGCCGGGGAACAAAGUCCAGAAUGAGCUGUGGUCACUUCCAUGUCAGCUUCCACGAACGGUGCCACCCUUGGUGCAACGAGCCUGAAGUACAGUUCAUCGGGCAAAAAGACGAGCGAUGCGGCCAUUGUAUUGCGAAGACCCAGGUGGACUCUUCAAGAGCCAGCAGGCUCCAGGAUGCUUGGGAUUCAUAUUGCAACGAUGCGAAGCAGGAGGUGCUUGUGUCUCUCCGGGAAAAGAUCAUCUCCGCCAACCGGGAAAUCAGGGCUCUCAAGGAAGAGUUCCCCGACCUGGACGGUCUAUCAUCUGAACUAGAACGAGUACGAAAGGAACAGUCCGAAACCAUGCGGAUGAUCCACGCACAAAUGGAACGGGCGAAGGAGGAAGGGGCCAUGAAGGAACUGUUGCUCAUGCAAGAAAGGAAGAGUUCUCUCCAAAGGAAGAGGGACUCCGGGCGUUGUGGGAACGGGGCCACGGGGAAUCAAUUGCUCGAAUCUCUUGACGGGGAUAUUGAGCGCCUGAAUGAAGAGCAAGUGAUGCUGAUGGAAAGGUCUCCCGAGCUUACCAGGCUCAUCUGGCUGGAUCGGCAACUGGUGCAGCUGGAAUCCAACGAGACAACGCUGUGUUCGCACGACAGUCUAGCAAAGCUAGAUGCUAUCACCAGAAGCCGGGAUGUUUACGUGGCCGACGAGAUCAGACUGACAGAGGAACGGCUAAGCAACCUCAAGUCUAUUGAGGGACGAUUGAGACAUCAGGCAAUGCAAGAAAAGGCAGAGGUCAAGAACGCCCGAUGUGAGGGUUGUGCGGCUGCUCAGAAAGAGCCUGACAGGUAUGUACGGCUGUUUUCUCUUCUCCCAAAACCUUUUCUCGUAGAUUUUUGA